GUCUGGCCCUGGUAACAGAAUAACCCUUGAGGAAAGUGUGUGGGACUCACCCCACACACUUUCCCCAAUCCACAACCCGAGCUUGAAGAACACUUGGAGCUCUCACACUCUCUCCUACCCCUCAAGCUCCCCCUCAAAUCCUCUCCAAAAGAUACAUCCCUUAGGUGGAUCUUUCCAUCACUUUGUUGCUCUUGUUAAUCUCCCCCAAAUCAUCCAAUUAUUUUUUGUCAAAUCUUGUUAUUUUGGUUGCAUUUUAUACAUGUUGGUGGAACCCUAGUUCAUGUUUUCUCCCUUAUGUUAGUGUGAAUGGCUUGGUUAACUUUGAUAAUAUAGUGCUAUGCAUGGUGUGUAGUAGGAAUAUAUGCUUGUUGAGUAGAAAGAUUGGGGGUUAGGGUUAGUUAGUGAUUAGGGUUAACUUUGCUUAGUGUGUGUUAAUUAGUGAUACUUUUGUGGACAUCACCAAUAAUUUAGUCUUGAUAUGAUUUGGAUAGAAUUAGAUGUAUUUGGAUAAACACACCAAUUCUCAUUGAAGUCUUAAAUCCAUUCAUGUUGUUUUUAGAUGGAGAGACUUGUUAAUGUUCAUUACAUGGACAAGGAGGCAUUCUUGAGUAACAAUGCCGACACGGGUGAGGAACCAUUGGUUUUUUAUACAAGCCCUAGCUAUGAGGAUGUUGUUGCAAAAGUGAGACAAGUCUUAGAGUGGAUGGACACCAAUGUUGAUGUUAAGUUAAUAGGAAGGUAUGAUGUUGGAGUUGGAGCCAAAUCUCGCUUGAAAAGUAUGCCUAUCACCUCGGAUUUGCAUUGGGAUGUAUACAAGGAAAAGGUAUCCCAAUCGGAAGACAAGUCACUUGAAUUGUUUGCCACCAAGGUUGAAUCUCCUCGGUUUACCAUUGAUUUGAACCGGCAUGUCUCUUCCCCAAUGGAUGACAUGAGCGAGAGGACAAUGGUGCCACUUGUUGAGCAUAGGGUUGUGGUUGAUGCCCCCAAUGUUUAUCCCCCACCACGUCCCCGUGUACCAUCUAUCAAAGCAAAUGAGGUUGAGUUGUAUUCCCCCAAUGCUUCUAGCCAACCACCAACUAGCCAAGCAAAUGAAGUUGAGGUGAUUGCUAGUGACGAAGUAAUUCAAGAGGAUGAAGAUGUUUAUGAUGACGACGAAGAGCAAGAGGAAGGGUUUCAUGGUAAUGAUGUUGGUGACUUGAAUGCGUACAUAGCGCAAAAGGACAUGGAUCGUGACUUGCCUUUUAAGCGUCAAUAUGCAUAUGACUCGGAUGACGAGGGUCCAGUUGAACAGUUGGACGAGGAUGGAUUCACAAAGAAGGAGAACCAAAUCCACUUUGAGCUGACAGGCUUACAAAAAAGAACUCACUUGUUUAAAGAUCUCAGCCUUGCCCAUAAAGCUGUUGUUGACGGUGGAAUGAGAAUGACGGCGAUUGAGCCAACACCAUGCCCGGAUCCAGGAGAACCAAGGGUGGAGAAUGAGGACGAGAAUGCUUAUUUGAAGAAAGGAUUGAAGUUUCUGAGCUUGCCUAUGCUGAAGUUUUGGUUGGCUGACUAUGCCAUUCGAAACCAUAGGCCAAUUUAUGUUGAGCACUCGGACAUGAAGUUGCGUUACACCGUGGUGUGUGAGCAAAAGGAAUGCACAUGGAAGGUUCGUGCAAGAAAGCUUAAAGAAACCGAAGAAUGGGUGUUGAAAAGUUGUGAUACCACUCAUAGAUGCAAACCGCCAUCGAAACGACUUAGAAAGACACACCGUCAACUCACAUCUGAGUAUCUCGGAUACAAAUGGAUGAAAGACAUAGCCUUUGAUCCCACUGUGAAAGUGAGGUUUCUCAUGCGGACGGUGAAAAAACAAUUUGGUUAUGAAGUCAAGUAUGGGAAGGCAUGGAAGGCAAAGGCAAAUGCUAUUAGGAUGUUGUAUGGUGGUUAUGAAGAAGCAUACAACCAGCUCCCAAGGUUGUUGGCCGCGAUUGCACAUAGGAACCCGGGCAUGUUUCAUGUGGUCGAGGAUCACGAGGGAGUGUUCCACCGUGCCUUCUGGAGUUAUGGACAAUGUGUGGAGGCGUUUCAGCAUUGUCGUCCGGUCUUGUCUAUAGAUGGCACGUUCUUGACCGGUAGAUAUAAGGGCACACUAAUGGUAGCAAUGACGCACUCAUCAAACGACAACGUGUUGCCGUGUGCAUUUGCUUUGGUGCCUUCCGAGCACCAAGACAACUGGGAGUGGUUCACGGGUCAUGUUAGGCACAACGUGAUUGGGGCUAGGGAGGUAUGCAUCAUAUCGGACCGGCAUCAUGGCAUACUCAAGGCAAUGGACAUUGUUAUUCCAGGAUUUCCAAAGCUUCACCACAGAUGGUGCAUGAGGCAUUUCAUGGCCAACUUUUACCGGGCAUGUAAGAGCAAGGAGCUCAGCAAAGACCUUACCCAUGUAUGUGUGGCCUUCACCACGCAAGGUUACGAUGCUCGGUACAACAAACUCUUUGCAGCGGUGAACGAAGGGGGAAAAGAGUUCUUAACUAGGAAUUUAAGCGAGAAGCACAAGUGGGCACGCGCUCAUAACGAUGGUGGUUGGCGAUAUGGCGACAUGACGAGCAAUCUCGUAGAAUGUUUCAACAAUGUGUUGAAGGGUGCUCGUGCAUUGCCGGUGACUGCAAUAGUGGAGUACACCUUCUUCAAGCUUAAUGAGUACUUUCAGAGGCAUUCUGAAGAGACUGCAAAAUGGAUAGGUGAAAAAAAGGAUUAUCCGGAAAAGGUUGAUGAAUGGUUGCAGUUACAAGCAAGCAAGUCUUCACGGCAACAAGUUAUCAUAUUCGAUAGACUUGAAAUGAUCUAUCAAAUUGAUGAGCCAGGUGGCACAACACGAGACGGUAGACAAUAUGGUGGUGCUGCAUUUGAGGUGAAACUGAAGACUCGGUGGUGCCAGUGCGAGAGGCCUAGUAAGUAUCAUUGGCCAUGCUCGCAUUUGAUAACGGCGGCGAAGGCGAGAAACAUACAUGUUAAUGAUGGAAAAACCGUGAGGAUGCAAGAGUUCCAUGUGGAAGCUACUAGGUUGACAUGGGCGCCAAGAUUUCACCCUUUCUUGGACCAAUCACAGUGGCCUGAGUACCAUGGCCCUCAUAUUAGGCCAGACCCUCUUCUGAAGGUGGAGACGAAGGGUAGAAGGAGAACUAAGAGGUUCAGGGGUGAUAUGGAUGACCUGGCUGGAUACAUUGGCAUGAAACAAUUUGGUAGCGGUCAUUUCAUGGAGGCUCCUGACAUUAUCAACUGUGGGGUGUGCGGUGAAGGGGGACACAAUGAGCGGACAUGCAAGAAUAAGAAAACCAAAAAAAGAAAAACAAGUCGUGGAGGCGGCACCGAUGGUGAACGAGGUGGAAGAGGUGACGGUGGUGGUGGUCGAGGAAGCACAAGUGUCAGAGGUGGUAGUGGUGGUCGUAGAGGGAGCACAAGUGCUAGAGGUGCUAGUGUUCGUAGAGGGAGUACAAGUGCUAGAGGUGGUGGUCGAGCUAGCACAAGUGCUAGAGGUGGUGGUCGAGCUAGCACAAGUGCUAGAGGUGGUGGUCGAGUAGGCACAAGUGCUAGAGGUGGUGGUGGUCGGAGAGGAAGCACAAGUGCUAGAGGUGGUGGUGGUCGUAGAGGAAUGGUUGAUAAUGGAUCGGCCUUCGGUUAUUUGCUUAAUCCAGAUGGUUGAUCUAAUAAUAAUGGUAUAUUAUUUUUUCAUACAAUUCCUAGCAUUUAUUCAUUUACUGUAUUUACGCAUUUACUCUCUUUAUGUCUUGUGCUAACAAUUGUUCUUUUUGUAGGCAUGGCUUCAUCCGGUUCCAGGACGAGGCCGGCGUGCGCGGACCAAGAGGACAUGUCGAAGACGUGGAUGGAGGCCAGUUUGGACAAGGAGAAGGAGAAGGAUGUGCCCACACCACCAUGUUGGUGUGGUGAUGUUUGCAAGCUGAAGGUGUCCACUGACCGCAACAAGUCAUGGACAGAAGGUAGAAGGUUUUUCGUGUGUCCCAACUAUGCACAUGAUCGUCGAAGGCCAACUAACGCAUAUGACAUACCACCGUCCCCUCCUCCACUUUGCAAGUACUUCACUUGGAUAGAUCACGAGGUACCAAAAGAUGUCCAAGAGGACCAACGUCGAGAUUGGUUACGGAGGCAGCGCCUAUUCGAGGAGUCCUAUGCACGGGGAUUGGAGCGGGAGCGUCGUGAGAAGGAGGCUCGUGAGCGCAAGAAGCGUGAACAAGAGAGGGCACGCAAAGAGAAGGAGGCUCGUCAAGAAGAGAGGGCAAGAAAACUUGCAAGGGCUCGCGAUGCACGAGAGGAGGACGAGGCACGUGACAAGAAGGGAAAGUGGCCCCGUACUACUCAGUAGACAAAUGGAAAGGCACCGGCGUCGAUGAUGAACUGUCGAGACUUUGUUUAAUGUAUGAACUUGUUAUUCGAGACCUUGUGUGGUCAUGAACUACUUAUGUCAUUCGAGACAUCGUGUGUGAACUUGUUAUUCGAGACCUUGUGUGGUCAUGAACUACUUAUGUGCAAACUAUGCUUUGUUCAU